AUUCGCCAUACGGCCUGUAUAUUCAUGCGAUAAAGAUGGAAUAAGAGCAUUCAAUCUUUGGUCGAGAGGUACUGGCCCGCGUCCAUGUGCCCUCUUUCCGGUCGGUGGAUGAGAUCUACGCGUUCUGACAAAGCUGAAGGAGUACGGUGACUUGGACGUAUCGAGAUGCUCUCACAUCGUUUCCCUAUAUUUCCGGAACGCUUAUUGAUAUUGAACUGGCUAGGAGCUAUUUCUCACAUCGUAUCUGUUGGCUCACGCAAUGCAAUCAGACAUCAUAUCACGAUUCUAUACAAUUUACACAGUACAUCAAGAACUAGCGCGCCUCGUGAGGACGGGGCAGAGCACGACCUGAACACGAACUCCCCGGAACUUAGGACAAACAGAGGACUUCCCGUACGUAUGGCGUUAUUCAGCGGGUAUCAAUUUUUGUGCUUGGACAUCUUUCGACAAACAUGAAUUGUUGCGCCCUUCGCCUAUCUGUCGUCCUGCGGGAUUCAGGCCUUGGUCCAGGAGUCCGCAUCUGCCAAAAUC